GGCCACUGUUUGCUCUGAAAGGGUGAUGGAUCUGAGAACCAAAGCCCUGAAAAGGAAACCCCUCUCCGACCUCACCAACACCAGUCCUCUCCUUCCCAUCUCUUCCUCCAUCGGGCCAAAGCCCAAUCCCAAGCCGAAGACCAGGUCCAGUUCCGGGCCCAAGAGCAGCUCCAGGCCAGUCGGAUCGCUUUCCAGCUCCGAUACCAGUAUCGGUUCUAGCAAUGCCCUCGAGCAACUUCAACAAUGCCCUACGAAUCCCGAGCCGGAUUCAUCUCGAGCUUCAGAGAAUGUUGAAUGGGAGGAUUUUGAGCAAUUAAAGAUUUACAAUCGGCGUAGCAUACAGGGAAAGAAUAAGGGAAAGGCAGUUGCAGCUGCAGUCCCAUCAAGUUGUCCUCCUGCACGAAGGAUUAGGAGUCUUGGUGUUCAGGUUCAUGGGUACAAUUUCAGAUGGUCAUGCAGUACCUUUGACUGGAAUAGACUGAAAAGUCAUGAUGAUGUUGAUCUAUCAAAGACACUCUCAGUUCCUAGGCCGAAAAGCAAGAAGAAGCUUCCCAAAAUGGAAAAAGCCACUCACAAUGGCAAGUGGGAGGACCUGGUAAUGAUUCAGGAAUAUAUGCAAUCACUGCAGAAAAUUGAAAAUGUGGAGGGAGUUGCUGUCAUAUUGUGUUAAAGAGUUAGGAACCCAAUUUAGUAAUGAAGUGAAAAUCACAGGCUAAGGUGCAAAAAUACUGGCCAAGGUAACACUGGUUUGAAGAUAGAUCUCGUCUGCCUAAGUAAGCUGAGUGAGUUUUUUUACUUCUAUAGGAUGCCACCGUCCAAGAAAUAGACUGCCAAUGCUAUUAGAGUUUUAUAAGCUGUUUGGUUAUUAUUUUUAAGGCACAAUGACAUUUUUCUUUUUCCAUUUGUCCAACCACAAAUUUAGUCGUUAGUUUGUUUAGAAGUUUCUCUCCAGAAUCUAAGGGGAGGAAUGCUAUGGCAGCCUUUCAGUUUUACUCACUAGAUCCUUUCAGGUCUAAGUGCAAGAGGGAAGCUAGCAUGUAGAUCCUAUCUAGGGACCUAUUUGGAUAGUGCAAAAAAGAAGAACGAAAAAAUGGAUGACUUUUUCCAUGAUGGUACAUUUCACUGUGUUUGGAUUGCAAGGGAACAAAAAAGAGGUAAUCAUUACCCAAAAACCAUGGUCAAAUUCUCACGCACGGGUUGACUAUUAUGAGAUCUUUAUGAGAUUCCCACUUGCUACCCAAACAAGACUCCAAAAAUGGAAUCCAUAUUUCAAUACUAAUGGAAAUCUUGGAAAAUCAUCAUUGGAUGGUCAUUACAAUCCGAACAUGGAAGAUCCACGUUUGAAUAACAAAGGAAAUAAAAAAGAAUCACUACUCAAAUGCCAUAGUCAAAUUCUCAUGCACUCCACUUGCUAUCCAAACAUGAAAAUGGAAUCCAUGUUUCAAUAGUACUUGUGGAAAUAUUGGAAAAUCAUCAUUGAAUAAUUACUGCAAUGUUCUUUUCUUUUCUUUUUCCCAAUAUCCAAACAAGCUCUAGAGCUCUAUGGCUGUGAAACAUAGGUUGCAGGAACCUUGAACUGAAACUGUAACCCCUGCUCUUGCUUCAGAAUUGCGGUCCUGCUACCUGGGUUUGUACAUGUCAUGACAUUUGAAACUGACGCUUCAUCGCUCCUGCACAAAAUCCAUUCCCACUCCUGCUCAUGCUUUAAAACAGGUAGCACCCUGUUGGAUAAGAGCAAAAGCACAUUAGAUCCAAACCGAAUUGCCCAUGUACGGCACAGGACCAUGGGUACAACUUUUACUCUCAGGUCCAUUUCGAAGUAUUUGGGUACAAGAUCCAGACUGCAUGAGCUAACUAGAUGCCUUGAAUUCACAGACUUAAGAUAGCUUCCUUGAGGUUUCUCUAGUUUUUCCACUAAGGCAUUAGUUUUUGUGGACUAGUGAAUAUGUUUAUGGGAAUGAUCUGUUUAGUUCCAUUAAGAAUGACUAAAGCACAUGCUCACGGAGGUUUAGCUUUUGUUCUUUUGUUUUUCUUUUCUUUUCUUUUCUUUUUGGACCCUUUAGAAUGGCGACAUAUUCUUACAAUGUAUUCUUUCAAAAUCUAUUUUGCUUGCUUUGCUUUAACUUUAUUAUCAGCAACAGCAAAAUGCUAUGAUGAGUGAUGACCUGCUUGUGCCUUGCACCUUCCUUUCGCCUUAAAAAAAUAAAAUCAAA